CGGUUCUGUGACGUGACAAUUUUGACAUUUCAAUUUGUUAUUUAUUUUUUGACAUUUACCCAAUGACAUUUCUUUCUUUUGGUGUCAUUUUGCAAAAAUGUCGCUGGUAAUUCCGGAAAAAUUCCAACACAUCCUCCGUAUCCUCGGUACCAACAUCGAUGGUAAGAGGAAGGUGAUGUUUGCCCUCACCGCCAUCAAGGGGGUGGGCAGACGGUACUCCAACAUAGUACUGAAAAAGGCCGACGUCGACUUGGACAAACGUGCCGGAGAAUGUUCCGAAGAAGAAGUCGAGAAAAUUAUUACCAUUAUGUCAAAUCCCAGACAAUACAAAAUCCCUGACUGGUUUUUGAACAGACAAAAAGAUAUUGUCGAUGGUAAAUACAAUCAACUCACCUCUUCCUCGUUAGACUCCAAACUCCGUGAAGAUUUGGAACGUAUGAAGAAAAUUCGCGCCCACAGAGGUAUGAGACACUACUGGGGUCUCCGUGUCAGAGGUCAGCACACCAAGACCACAGGACGUCGUGGACGUACUGUUGGUGUGUCCAAGAAGAAGUAAAUCUUAAUAAUAAUUUUUAAUUAAAAUUAAUAUAAAAAUUGUUUUAUUUUUCCCCUUGAAGUUUCUCAAAUUCCCACUGUUUCUACGCCUUUGAA